AGCCGCGGCCGGGGCCCCGACCAUCCCGCACGGCCGCGUGCGGCGCGAAGGCAACCCGCAGAGGGACGAGGAAGAGAGGCAGGCGCGGGACGCCCCGGGCGGGCGUCAACGACAGCGCAGCGAGGAGCGGGAAAGGCCUCGACCCCCGAAAGGCCCCCAAAGGCCUUAGAGGUUAACCCCGCGCCCUCCUUCACCGCCAGGCGCCCACGCGAGCGCCGCCACGCCGCCACAUCCUCCUCCCUCGCGCGCCACCCGCGCGCCUCUCUCCUGCUCGCUCUCGCUCUGCUCCACGCACGCCGGCGGGUGAGCGGUGGAGGCGGCCACCGCCAGACCACCCCGCGGGCGAGGGGCCCCGGCCUCCCCUCACCCACAAAGACCAACACCACACACACACCGCCGCCGCCGCCGCGGCUCUCGACCGCGGCAACCGACCGGCCCUCGGUGACCAUAGGGGACGGCCGAGGGCAGGAGCGGCCAGGCGAGAAGAGAACCUGGGGCGAGGUGGCGGAAAAGGGCGGCCGGCCAGCAAGGGGAGAAAGAGGCGAGGCUCACACGUCCCGGGGGCGCGCGGGGCCGACAGACACAAUAGAAACAAUAUACUCUGAGCUGUCACAUCAUUGCUAAUAACAGCAGGUAUUUAGCAUAAGCAGAAUAUUUAAAUCUUAGAAGGUGUUAUCAUUUUACCCAUAUGUAAAAUGCAGAUGGUAAUUCUUUCCAAAAAAUGUCACAAUCAUGUGUUCUCAAAAGCAAUCUGACAAAGAACCCACUCUCAGUCACACCUGUGUCUGAAUGGUCACAGCAGUUGCCUGGUGCCUCUCUGUAUUUCUGUAGUCCCUCAGUUCUGCCCAGUCAGAGAUCCCCUCUAGUUUCUUUGCUGUAUCCCUGGCUCCUCACCAAGAACUUGACAGAGAGUGGAUUUUUGGGGACUAAAUAUUUGUCCAUUGACCAAGUGGUCUACUUUAUCAAUAUGAGGAGGAUUAUUAUGCAUCAUUAAACGUUGUACUUCUAUUUUAGGCCAGGGAAGAACUUGAAGAUCGGGAGGGCUGGGAAUAUGUUUCACUAAUCGGCUGGAAAUUCCACUGGAAACAGCGCAGUUCUGACACCUUUCGAUGCAGGCGCUGGAGGAGAAAAAUGGCUCCUUCUGAGACACACGGCGCGGCUGCCAUCUUUAAACUUGAAGGUGCCCUUGGGGCAUAUAACACAGAGGACAGAGACGAAAAGAGCCUGGAGAAACAGAAGCACAGCGUCACCACUGUAUUUGGAGCAAACACGCCCAUUGUUUCCUGUAAUUUUGACAGAGUCUACAUCUACCACCUGCGCUGUUACAUUUAUCAAGCCAGGAACCUCAUGGCUUUGGACAAAGACAGCUUUUCAGAUCCAUACGCUCAUGUCUCCUUCCUCCAUCGAAGCAAAACCACUGAGAUCAUCCACUCCACCCUACAUCCCACCUGGGACCAGACCAUUAUAUUUGAUGAGGUUGAAAUCUUUGGGGAGCCCCAAACAGUUCUUCAGAACCCACCCAAAGUUAUCAUAGAACUUUUUGAUAACGACCAAGUGGGCAAAGAUGAAUUUUUAGGUCGAAGCAUUUGCUCUCCACUGGUGAAACUGACAUCACACCGAAGCUUCUCUGGCAUCCCAUUAUGAAUGGAGACAAGGCCUGUGGAAACAUCCUGGUCACGGCAGAGCUGAUUCUGAGGAACAAGUUCACAGGAUGGCUCCAACCUUCCCAUCCUCCCCUCUCAGAGAGCACCAAACUUGUACAUGGUCCCUCAGGGGAUCAGACCUGUGGUUCAGCUCACUGCCAUUGAGAUCCUAGCUUGGGGCUUAAGAAAUAUGAAAAACUACCAGAUGGCUUCCAUCACAUCACCCAGUCUCGUGGUGGAGUAUGGAGGAGAGAGAGUAGAAUCGGUGGUGAUGAAAAGCCUGAAGAAGACACCCAACUUCCCAAGCUCUGUUCUCUUCAUGAAAGUGGUACAGUAUCUAGACUGUACACGAGCCCACGUGGAAAACCCACGUGUAAGGGUGGAAAAACCCAGCCUUACAGUAAACGUGACAGAGACUUCUCCCUCCUUAGAAAAAGCUACAAACAGCCCCACGGACAGGGAAGUAUCUAUGAGCAGUGCUUGCUGUCUUUCCUUUUCCAUGGGAGAUGAUGAGCAAUUGGCCAUGAAGGGAUCCUCCUGGGCUAACCCUGAAACUUAAAGUCAGCAACUUGUCUUGGAUGCUCUUUAAAUAUGGCCCAUUCUGUUCCCUAAAUCAGUUCUUUAUAACUGAAAGUAAGCUUGAAGAAACAGACUAAAUAUCUGAAUUCAAAAUUA